CAUCUCCCAACGUGCCCCGGAGUGGACGGGGUGACGUCAGACGCUAGGCUCGCUUUAGAGUCGGGUUCCCGGAUGUAGCUCCCUUUCCCUUCUAGGAAGAUGGCAGACGAGAAGAAGGCAAAGAAGCCUAAAAAGCACCAUGCAAGCCGGAACCCAGUGCUGGCCCGAGGAAUUGGGAGAUAUUCCCGAUCGGCGAUGUAUGCCAGAAAAGCCAUGUACAAGCGCAAGUAUGAAGCGUCAGAAACAAAGAUAGAAAAGAAAAAGAGAGAGAAAGCACCGGCUACCCUCACAAAACCAGUUGGGGGAGAUAAGAAUGGAGGCAACCGUGUGGUAAAAGUUCGUAAAAUGCCUAGAUAUUAUCCAACUGAAGACGUUCCUCGCAAGCUCUUAAGUCACGGCAAAAAGCCCUUCUGCGAACACAAGAGGAAACUGCGGGCUUCUAUUACUCCAGGAACUGUUCUGAUCAUUCUCACUGGUCGCCACAGAGGCAAGCGUGUGGUCUUCCUGAAGCAGCUUGCUAGUGGCCUGUUGCUGGUAACGGGACCCUUGGCUAUCAAUCGUGUCCCUCUGCGCAGGACUCACCAGAAAUUCGUUAUUGCCACAUCUACCAAGGUUGAUAUCUCUGGGGUGAAACUUCCAAAACAUCUCACUGAUGCCUACUUUAAGAAGAAGAGGCUGCGUAAGCCCAAACAUCAAGAAGGCGAGAUCUUUGACACUGAGAAAGAAAAAUACGAGAUAACAGACCAACGCAAGGCAGACCAGAAGACAGUGGACUCACAAAUCCUGUCAAGAAUCAAGAAGGUGCCUCAGCUCCGUGGCUACCUGCGUUCUGUAUUUUAUCUCUCCAAUGGAGUUUAUCCUCACAAAUUGGUGUUCUAAAUUUUCUGAAAACACAUUAAAAUUGGGGAAAUACUGA